GGCGGGCUCGCGGGGGCGGGCCGGCAGUGCGCCGCCGAGAUUGAGCCGCUCCGGGCCGCCGGCGACUGCGACGGGGCCUGGGCGCGCCCGCACUCGCUCCGCGCCCGCCGAGCCCACGCGCUCGGGGUCCGGGCGCCACGCUCGCCCGCCCGCUCGCGCCUUUGUGUCUGCUCGCCCGCCGCGUCCGCCCGCCCGCCAUGCCGCCGCCGCCCGCCGACUCGCUCCGCCCGCCGCUCGCCGCCCGCUGCGAAGGUGGAGGCGGCGGCCCGGCGCCGGCGCGGGCCUGAGGGAGGAGGAGGAGGAGGAGGAGGAGGCGGCGGCGGCCCCCAGCCCAUGCCGCAGCCACGGCCGCGCGCCGCCGUCGCCGGAGCCCGCGAGACCUGCCUGGACGGGCAUGGGCGUGAGGGCGGCCCCGUCCUGCGCCGCCGCCGCCGCCCCGGCCCCGCCGCGCCCGCGGCCCUGCCCGCCGCCGCCGCCGCCGCUGCUGCUGCUGCCGCUGCUGCUCAGCCUCGGGCUGCCGCACGCAGGCCACUGCCAGCAGCCCGCCCAGUGUCGCAUCCAGAAGUGCACCACAGACUUCGUGGCUCUGACCUCGCACCUAAACUCCGCCCUCGACGGCUUCCACUCCGAGUUCUGCAAGGCCCUGCGUGCCUAUGCUGGCUGCACGCAGCGGACAUCCAAAGCCUGCCGGGGCAACCUCGUGUACCACUCCGCCGUUCUGGGCAUCAGCGACCUCAUGAGCCAGAGGAACUGCUCCAAGGACGGGCCCACGUCCUCCACCGACCCCGAGGUGACCCACGAUCCCUGUAACUAUCACAGCCCGGAAGGGGCCAGAGAACACAGAGGCGGGGAUGAGAGUCCCCCCGAUUACCUUUUCUGUGGCUUGUUUGGAGAUCCUCACCUUAGGACUUUCAAGGAUCAUUUCCAGACCUGCAAAGUAGAAGGGGCCUGGCCGCUCAUUGACAAUAAUUACCUGUCGGUUCAAGUGACGAACGUGCCAGUGGUCCCUGGAUCCAGUGCUACCGCUACCAAUAAGGUGACCGUCAUCUUCAAGGCGCACGGUUCGUGCACGGAGCAGAAGGUGUACCAGGCCGUGACGGACGACGUGCCCGCCGCCUUCGUGGAUGGCAGUGCAAGCGGCGCAAGCGUGCGCGUGGAGGCGCGGGAGGGCGGGCGCGUGGCCUUGCACGCGCGCCACCUGGCCAGCACCGUGCUGGUGCGCCAGCUGGGCCGCUAUCUGACGCUGGCCGUGCGUAUGCCCGCCGCACUGGCGCUGGCGCACGACGACAACCACGACCUGCAGCUGUGUGUGAGCGGCUGCCCGGCGGCCGAGCGCAUAGCCGACGGCCCAGGCGCGGGCCUGGCGCCGGGCCCGGCGGGCUUCACGCUGCAGAGCGCGCGCGCGCGCUGCGGGGACAGCAUGCCGCAGCGGGACAUCUACUUCCAGUCUUGCGUCUUUGACCUGCUCACCACCGGUGACACCAACUUCUCGGCCGCAGCGCUCAGCGCCCUGGCGGACGUGCGCGCGCUGCACCCGCGCCGCGAGCGCUGGCACCUGCCCCCGCGCAGCGGCCACGCCGAGCCCCCGCGACUGUGGGUGGGCGCAGCGCUGCUGGGUGCCCUCCUCGCCCUGAUGCUGUAGGGCCGCCCGGCCCGGCCCGGUGGAACUGGCCCUAAGUGGUUGUGCCCCGGCGCUGAGCACACCCCCAGGAGCGUCCCAGGGCCACGGCGCAGGGACCCCGUCCCCCCGGGCCCCGCGCGGGCCCGCUCCUGUGCCCCACCCGUUCUGUUUGGCCGUUUCGUGAGAUGUUUUAUAAUGUCCCCGCUCCGGGACCUGUUAGAAAGCACUUUAUUUUUUAUAUAUUAAAUAUUUAUGUGUGUACCUGGUUAGUAUGUACAUGCCUAGACGCUGCCCCGUAGCGGCCUGCCCCCAGGGUCGCAGCUGGGACCCCUUCCUUCCCCUCCCGCCCCUUUGGGCCUCCCCCACCCCCCUCUGCCCGUUCUGCACUGGAAUGCCACGCUGACCCCACGCAGGGCGCCGGAGCCCGUGGGGAGGUGCGGGGCGUGGCUCUGGUUGAGGACCAGCGGAUGUUCGGCCAGCCCUGCCAAACUGCUGUUUCUCUGAGCCAGAGGAGGCCAGUGUGGGCACCUGUGCCAUCAGUGCCCAGUAUCUUGCAGGCCCCCAGAGCACAGCUCUCCCUUUUGAAUAAAGCAUACACUUGCCCUGUCGGUCUUGUAAUCCUCCCUCGCCCCUUUCUCUGAUAUGUCCAGGUGGCCCCUUAGCAGCCCUCUUGGCCCCAACUGCUGAGGUGGGUUUUGUGUUCCUGGCACGGUGCGUCACUGGCUCCACUGUGAGGCCCGCACUGUUUCGGCUGUGUCUGCACUGAGACCUGGGGUGGCCGCGGGUAGUGGCACACUCUGGGUAAGCCAGGCUGCCCGCGGGGGUCAGAUACCUCCUUUACCCAUGUGGCCUGGUAGAAUAUCCUUAUGAUCAAGUAUCUUUGGCCUCUUCCGUCCUGCCGGCCUUCCCUUGUGCAAGGAGAGCACAGCCAGCAGAAGGGAGAAGAACCUUCGGGAAGGUUACUAACUGGAAGGGUAGUACCGCUCCUCCUGAACUUCAUCCUAGUUUCCAUCAGAGUAAACCAGAGGUAGCAAGCUGAAAGCUAACAUCAUAGAGCAGACGUCUGGAUUCUUCGGUAACAAAGGGAUGAGCUCAAGAUCACACUUGGUGGCAGGCAGCCAGGCCACUUGUUUUUCUUAAGCCUGUCCCUUAGGUUGGUGGCCCUGCCCUGCUGGGAACCCGGCUGGCAGGGAGGAAGCCUGAGAUUUUGUGAUGCCCACCCUGUGGAGCUGGGAAGCUCGGGCUGAGAGGUGCCAUCCUCCCGUCCAGCAGGAGAUAGGGAACAUCAGUAUCCUGUUUCUGAAUCAAGACUCGGUGCCCAGAGUGCAGCCCAAACCCGUGACCUUACAGGGGCGGGACUGGACUGCCUCUCGGUUCACCUCUGGAGCCAUGUGCCAGGCUCCCAAAUGAGGAUGAGCUAGGUUUCUUUUAUAAAUUGAAUAGAACAAAGAAGGAAAAAUAGGAUGUUUCUAACCACUAUUUUUGUGCAAAUAGUAUUCAAGGUGAAGUAAGAAACAAAGAGUAGGAAUGUCUGCAGAAUAUGAUUGUUAAGGUGUUUUAUACAACAAAUGCCUUUUCCCUGUCCAAGUAGGCAAGUUUCUCUCCUUGCUAAUUGAGAGAAGACUUGGCUGUGUUUGCCCCUGUCCUUUAGCUAGCAAAGUGCAGGGUCAUCAUUCCAGUGCACUAGGAUUGGCCCCCGUGUCUCCCCACCCCCUUCAGUGGCCCUGUACAUGAUGUCCCCGUGGGUCACUUCACUUUCCAAAAUGCAGGUAUUUCAGUAAAGGACAAAUUGUUAUUCCCCCGUUUAUUUUCUAGGAUUUUAUAGAGGAACUACUUCUUGGUUCUCAAAAACUCCUCAGAAGCGUUUGGGGUCACGCCCACACACGGGCAGCUGCUCAGCGCUUGCCCAGAGGAACUCAGAGGGAAACACUGGUUUUCACAGAUGCUCCACAUGGCUGGCUGGCUUUAAAAGACUCAGUAUUUUUUUGGGUCCUAUUCUUAUGCUUGGAACCCCACCCCCAGUGUCGUCGAGUCUUUGCAAAGAAACCUUUAGAUGUGGUUCAUAGGUAUAUGAAUAAGUAUCUGUGUAAAACAGUGAGUGUGCAGUGUGUAAAUACUUUAAAUUAUUAUGCUAGAAAAAUAAAGUGACAUGCCAUGCUGUGGAA